GAGGAGACAAAUUUGGUAGCAGCAGCAACAGAGCUACUCAAGACCCGAGCCGGUACGCCCGCGAAAGUAACCUAAGCGAAAGAAUGAAGAGCGCAUUGGCCACCAUGGCGGUUUCGGUCACAGCGGCCUCGUUUGCCUCAGCGUUCGUGGGGUCUCCUCUCCCUCUACGAGCGCUGGCGAGCAGACCCUCGUGCUCCACGAGCGCGUACCGCGCACGGCCUACCCGCAUGACGGCAGAAGAUGACGAGGUGGAACCAAAGGUGUACUACGCCUCUGAGGUGACGGACGGAAACAAGAAGACUACCUUCAAUCGGGAGAUGGGCGAACAGCCCUUGCCGGAGAACACGGCCGCAACAAGAUCCGACAGGUACGGCCCCGCGGACUACGAGGGCUUCGUCGACAGCGAAGGAUUUGACGGGGGUGACGGACAGGUUGGCGUCGUUGGAGACGGAGGUAAUGCCAUGGAGCAGUUCGACCAGAGUACCGUCAGCCGAGCUCAGGAUAUGAAGGCGAAAGUCAAGGCGUCUACGAUGGUCCAGGAGUCUAAGGCUCGUCAAAGGAACGCGUGGGGCGGCGGCAGCACUGGAUACGCGGACGAGCUCAAGGAGCAGGGCAUGGUAUCAUACAACGCAGCGGGCGAGGACAUCAGCAAGGUCCGCCGCCAGCAGUUCGAGAACUACCGCAACCAGCAAGAAAUCACUAGGAGGCAACGCGCCGACAACAGCGUGAUGGAAGCUAUGACGGGAACGGGCACGAUAGACGACAACACCAGCAAGUGGAAGAGGGGCGGCAGGUCCAGCUACUUCGACAAUAUUAACGCGGCCCCUGAAGAGGCGGUGGACCAGAGCUGGAAUAAGUACAGCGCCCCGGUUACUUCUGGGAUGAAGGAUGGCACUGAGUGGGGUGAGACCACCCUGACCGGCAACGAGAAGAUCGAGGAUACGGUGCAGUGCAUCUCCACCAGUGGGCGACCAGGACACGCUACUCUAAAAGUGAAGAGCACCGUCAUGACCUUCGAGCCGUUCCACUGCACCUUCGUUGGGGACGCUCGAGGGUUCAAAGUGACCCCAGAGGAAGGGACGCUCAAUCGCAGGGGCGGUGACCCCCAAGAGCUCGACGUGUCCUACAUGGGCAACGGCCCCGGCGAUAACCGGAUCGGAACCUUGGUUGUGGAGACCGAGGAGGACAAGUGGAUCUACAAGAUCGAGGGCGUGGUCGGUUAACUACGAAAGCCAAGAACACGCACGUAUGGGGACCUUGUAGCACAUGGAAGCGCGUGGGGAAUGCUGUGUAUGUCUUUCAUCUGUUCAUUGAAUAGAGGUCAAGUUUGACGGAGUUUUUAUGGUUUCCUUGGCUGAAGUUUGGAGAGCACGGGAUAGAUUGAACGGGAUCGUGCGAUUAUCAAGAAAGCCGUUGAGCGCGAACGGCGCAGUACCAGCACCAACGCGUGACAGAGAUUGUUGGCCAUGGGUGCUGGUUGAUGAAGACCUUCUUGUACCAGUACCAACGCGGGAUAGAAAUUGUUGGACAUGCGUUAGUUGCCGGUUCAUGAAGGCACGCUUGCCGUGCUCAGUUGAAGCUUGCCCUCUAAUCGAGAAGGGCUGGCUUCGUUUAUUCAACCUGGUGCGUCCGCACCGGAUGGGGUGUGGGCACCACCCUGGGGUACCCUUUGACGCUUAGAAAGAACGUCGCCUGCUGGCGGUGCAAUGAUAUCAUUCGUUUUGUUUGAUGUGGUUCGAAGGUGGGAUAGAUUUGGCGUAGGAGCAUACUCCGUGCAGUGUCUCGAUGGAUAUCCUUGCGCUUCAUGCUGAGAUGAAACAAAAUAAAGCGUUUGAAAUGUCGUGGGUAACCCGAUGGCAUUGUUGACGUCUUCUCGACGAUGAAGAUUGCCUUGAUACCGAGUGUUUUCGCCAACGCUAUUUGGCGACCUAGAUACAUGUAAAUAAGACUUGCUCCCACUUGCAUGUUCCGGACGUGAAAUUUCGACCCUUCGUGGCGUACUUUCUCACAUUCCGCAGCUGAUGCUGAAGCGUCCCGAGUCCAUUUGCGAGUUCCGAUGCAACACGGUUGGUGUUGCUGCCGGGCCUAGGAGAUAGGAGAUAUGAGCGGGUGUUGAUUGAUCACCCUGACUGUUGGGGAUGUGUGAACAGGAACAACGUCCCUAUGAGACGAUGACGAUCCACGACUCUCUACUACUGCACAACACCUCUUUUGUUUACAGUC